CCACUCUGCCACAUAACUAUCCCAUCAGCUGAGAAGCUUGUUGGAUGUGUUUUAUGCAGAAGGUUUUAAUGCAAAUGCCUUCAUAAGGGUGCCCAAUCGGUUGAAAAUAUUACUACUAGUUCGAGUGGUAUUCCCCAUUUUUGUUGAUAGCAAUUAGGACAAAUUGCUCAUCUGGAGUGCCUUAUACUUUAGAUACUAUGAACCCCUACCUUGGUAAAACACAUCGUUCAUUUUACUUCUCAAACGUCGGUACUGCAGAGUGGGCUCUUUGUUUUCUGUCUUUACGUUUUGGAUGCCGCGAUUUCUGUAUUAGCUCGACAUAUUCCAUUCAUACUGUUGAAAUUGCAAUAGUCAAUUUGACUGUCGGCUGGCUGGACGUUCGCUCAUGUUAUGUGUUAUGUACCUAUCUAAAGUUAUAUGGUUGCCGAAACGAGUGAACGCUCGAGCAAACAUCUAUUUGCAAUAAAAAUUAUUUUGAUGUGCAUAUUUGCAAUAACUUUUGUAUUUAUUUGUGUGUAUUAUUGUUUCUGUUGUAUCUGUUUAAAAUGUAUAAUAAUAGUGUUCAACGAGGCUAAUUCGUCAUACUUGAACACAAGUUGCUGGUGCAUACGCUACUGCAGUCAACGAAGUCAAGUUUUGUUUAUUAACGGUGAAAAACGCGAAAUUUGUUCUGAAUUGUUACCAUAACACGCUCAAGCACCCACACCGACGCCUUGGCAUUCGCCAGACGAAGUAUUAGGCAGCGAAUGAGAUUUGUUAGCUGUUGUCUUUUGUCUAUAUUUGCGAAUACUUAUUAUAUGUACAUAUGUUUUUAUUUGAUCUCUGCUGCGCCGUUAACAUCUCACUAUUGUACGUUUCUCUACGUACAAGCGCACAUACGCACGUGUCUACUAACAUAUGUAUUUAUAUUUGUAUCUUUGCGAUGCCUUUUGGAGUGAACAUAUGUAAUUAAAUAAGCAUUGAUAUAUGUGUGUGUGCUUGCAGGCGCUCAAGUAUCUUUUGAUUUCUUUGUCGCAGCGGUUACCUCUGCUGCUCGCCGCUUCGUCAGUUGCUUUUAAGUUUAAACAUAUUUUGGUGGCAUUUAACAGAUUGCGUUGUUGUUGUUACACUCUUAUAUCCACCCUAUACACACACAUAAAUUACGAACGCACACAUGCCUAUAUACGAAAGAUUUUGUAUGAAUAUUUGUCUAUCCACAUGUUACUUGUUUAUGCCAUGCAUCGUGUUUUAUUCAUAUUCACACUGUGCACGUGCUUCGUACUGCCCGUGCUACGAUCGUGAGGUCUUUGCGUGCUCGGUUUUCGUCGUCGCCCAACCAUUCUGCCCCUGUUGCCCCGCACUGUGUCUCGUCUUUACUAGCACUUUGCUGCUUAAACCUACCCCUCACGCAGCCUGCUCGUUGUAGCCUACGUCGAUUAUAGCUGGCGUCGUACGACAUUCGUUGCUUUAUCGCCUCGCCAUCGUUUCUUGUCAUAUACUUUCGCUGUGUUUAUCGCUGGCUCUGCUUCAUACAGCUUCGUACACUGGUUCGUACGAUUCGUUCAUACGUUGCGCACUGGUUCGUUGGCACAGCAUUGAAAAUUUCACAGCGUAUAUUUAACAAAAAAUGAUACAACACAAUUUUUCCUCUGCAGGCAGCUCAUUUUCGUUCUCGUUUUCGGUUUCGAAGUUCAACGUUUUGAAACGCGUGUAGUGCAGUGUGUUACGUUUGCGUUUACGCGAAGUUCAUGCAGUUUUCAGUUAAUCGAAUGCUAGAAAAAUUCGAUAAAAGUCUCGACUUAUCAUCCUCGCUUCUAUAUAGAUAUAGUGAAGGAAGAUAUGACGUUCUUCUUACGCUAAUUAAUCCGAACAGACGUCAAAGCGCGGCUCCGAUUGGAUUUGACAUCCAUCCCAAUACUUAAGCAAGGAAGAGGCAGCUAAGCAAUGAAUGUUACAAACAACCAGGCGCCCGAAGAUUCACAGAACCCACAGAACAAUUUGUACGCCGCCAGUAGAAGAAUCAAUCAUAACCAAAACUCCGCUCUGGCUCACGUACAGGCCAGUAACCAAAGUGCUGAAGAAGAACAGGAGCAAAUUGUCACUUCGACUUCGUGUGAGACGCAUAUAAGCGCUACCGGUCAUUUGCCGCGUCUGGAGGCAUUGAUCACAUCGCCGGCGCGCAUCACCAGCUCCACCGGGAAUGACUGCAGCUCCUCACCGCAGCGUGUGUUGUCCACGACGUGCAGCAGUAGCAGCAGUGGUGGUAGCGGCAGUGGCCGACAAUCGACGCAUAAUCGCGGCGACAUAACAACGGAUGCCUCCAGCGAGGAUGAAUCCCUAUCACCACAUCAAUCGACGCAAUCCUCUUUCAUUGGCCGAACUUUAGUGAAACCGGGUGCACGUGCGGUCCACGCAUUUGUUCGCGCAAUACCCACUGCGUUGGACUCGGUGAUGCCGACAACUUCUGCUGCAGCGGCGACACGUUCAGCAGGCGCUCGAAGUGUGGAUACGGAACUGAUGCGUGCAGUAUAUUCUGCGAGCAGCAACAACAAUAACAAAAUUAGUAUUAGUAAUAUAAGUAACGGUAGUUUAGAGCAUACGAACGGCGACAGCGACAAUACGAACAUGGUUGCGCGCGAACAGUCAACCACCACCGUGGCCUCAAGCGGCGACACCAAAGCUGUCGGUCAUGCAGCGAGUGUGGCGGCUGGCAGUGGGCAAGGUCAAACAAUGCAAACCGAGCACAACACCGAAACACACAAGAUCAUACUGAAAUUACCCAAACCAAAUGCUACGAGCGUUAAUACACGCUCCAGUGAAUCUCAUAGCAAUACCGACACGUUGAGUAGCUGUGACGGCAUUGCCGGCUACAGUGGAGCUGAAUCGACACGCAAAGUGGAGCCACUCAAAAUCAAUUUACAUGCGCACAACAGCAGUAGCAGUACGAAUAUAGUUCCCAAAAUCACAAUCAAACCGAUCGUGAAGAAGCACAACGAUGUCGCAUCCUCGGAUUGUUCAUCUUCGGCCGAAGAUGAGGCGGUGGUUGAGACCUGCAGCGCACGGGUCGGCGCACAAAUACCCAAAUUGACCAUAAAGGGGUCAACAGUCGUCGGUGGCUGUAGCGAUGAACCACAUAUUGUUCCCAAAUUGACAAUACGUUCUGCCAAUGACAGCUCAGACAGCUCAGUAGUGCCCAAGUUGACAAUCAAGAUGUCCGAUUCGCAAAGUAAUUUGCAUAACAAUAGCAGCAUCAGCCAAAUGUCACCAGCCGCUUCGGGUGUGCACAGUGCCGUUACAGCAAAAUCACUGACGGACCACUCACCCCCGCCACUACCGAAGCUCACCAUAAAAACAUCGCUGGACGGGACGAGCGAGUCAAUAAUGUCGACGAUAUCGCCGGCAUCCUCAUCUUCGUCUUCGUCGAGCACAUCCUCGUCCACCGGUUUGCCGUCACUAUCUUCUGGCACCGCCUCGUGUAGUGUAUCAAAUGCUACCGCCUGUUCUGUGCCUAAGUUGACCAUAAAAGCAUUGCCGCCCAAGCAUGAGGAGCUGGUGCCGAAGUUGACAAUCAAAACAAGUGCAGCUGGCGCUUGUGUGAGCACAUCAGCGGCCAACGCUCCUAUAGAUACAAAUACUGAGGUUAUUGAAACUGGCAGUUGCAGCAGUAAAAUACCCAAACUAACGAUUAAAACCGGUCAGGAACACGCGGUUAUUAUAACGCAACACAACGACACCUCCAACGCGCAAGUCAUACCAAAGUUGACGAUCAAAACUAAAUCAUUGGAUGCGGAAGAGUCGCUCAGCGACCUAAGCGAGGACCCGGCACCGCCUCCAGAGAAGAUACCCAAGAUCACAAUAAAGACGCAUGAACCAGCACCGGAGGCUACGACUCCCAAAUUCUGCAUAAAGACCAUGCAACAGCAAACGGAAUCGGAACACACACACUCCAUUCCCAAGCUGACCAUAUCUAUGGCAAAUUUGGAAGGUGGAUCAGCACCCCAAUCACCUAAGCAGUCGCCACUUGUUGUACGGCAGUUGUCGAGCAGCUCACGCAAGCCAGAGUCGCCGGAAAGGCUGCCAAAGCUAAUGAUAUCUCGCCAGGAUACCAAAGGAAGCAACUGUGAUGCAUCUGUAGAAAAAGUCGUGCCCAAGCUGACCAUUAAAACCAAUAGCCAGGACGGUGGCGGCAACGAAUGUAAGGAGAAAAUUCCCAAAUUGACCAUCAAAUCGAUACCCAACAUGGAGCAGCAAUCCUCAGAGGAGAGUGAUGAAUGUAUGAGUGGCGAAUCUUCACCACCAUUGUCCUCAGCAGAGGACGCAGCCGCUAACAAAGUGGUGCCCAAGCUAACCAUUAAGAAUCUUUCUUCGCCAACCUUGCGAAUGAAAGCUGUGCUGGAGGAUAAAACGCAACGUAAUGUGUCAAAAAAGUGUGGAAAAUCCAGCGAGCCAAAAAACAUCGCCGCCGCCGACAUAAACGCCACAGCCGGUUGCGGCGUGACGCAAAGGUCGCUGGAUACCCAACCAAGUAGGGAGAAUAGUGCUCAUGAACAGUUAGUUAACGGUUGCGAAUCGAGUAGCAGUCAAGAGUUCUGCGGUUUCAACAACGACAACACAGCGUUUGCUGAGGAGGAGGAUAUACAGGAGCCUCGACGCAACUCUGACGACAUGGACAUCGAUGAGGGUUUGCAAAACCACGACCCACAGGUAUUCAAUAAUAUUUUUCAUGUUAGCAAUGGUGACUCGCUACGCAUGGAUAAUACCGAAGAAACGGAGCUAAUGCAACCUCCGAUGUCAGGUGACGACCUAUCCAACGUAGUGGACACUGUCGAUUUGACAUCCUCGCCAUCACCGGGAUCAUCGCCUGCACAUUUCACUUACACCGACGCUGAUCCGCAAGUAAACGAUGCACAGCAGCCGCCGCAAGCCACCAUACUAAUGGAGCGUCUUCAACGUGAAAUGAGCGUUAUACAAACGGCACCGCCGUUGGAUAACAGGCUUCUGCUUAAUCAAUUGAAUUCGCCGCUUAACGCUAGCAAAUACGGUGCUCCACCGCCUCUGCAGCCGAAACCAUCACAAACACAACAACACGUCCACCAGCAACAGCAACAGUCACAGGUUCAAAAACAACCACAUCUGCCACAACAAAUAAGCAAUAGCAUGAAAUAUCCACAAUUGACAGAACGGCUAAUGGCUAAUGGAGCACGAGUCCACCAAAAUUCAAACAUAAUGCACACAGUCGGCAGUGCUGCGGCGUCAAUGAAUAACACAGCGCUGACAAAUCAGUUGGCACCGCAAAUGGAAAAGGUAAUAGAUUCCAUUGAGAUACUGGACACGCCUGAAGGUAGUCCGCGUUUGACGCUGGACGAUACCGCUGCGUUGCCCAAAAAUCUUCACAUAAACAACGAGGAUGGUUUGAUAAAUAAUGCCGCGGUCAGUGGAACUUAUGAGGAGAACAGCUCAGAUAUAUUGAGACGCAACAACAAUGUCUUGGAUAAUGACUCCUCAGCAAAUGAAAUGAAUAAUAUCAGCUUGAAGAGACAUGCGAACACAAUAUCCACUUUGAUGAUGGAAAACAACGUAGAGGAGCACUGUAUUGAGAUCACACCAAACAAAGUUCGUCGCAUUGAUAGUGAAUCACACACCAUGGCUACACUGACAAUUUUGACGGACGAUGAGUCAUCUAACACGAAAUUAAUUACUACGUCGCCCACCAUCUUCGGAGGCAAUCAUCAUGUUGUGGACAUCAGCGAAGAGGCACCAACCGAGAACUCCACCAUCACAAUGGAUCUCUCCUCUCCGAAGACUUCGAUUCAUCGUCCGCGCAAACAACGACAUGAACAUCUAUUGGCCAUACCGCUGGACGAAGAGGACUCGUUGCAGUACAACCUGAAUAACGACACAAUCGCCAAUUGUUACACAUCGAAUGAACAUUUAGCGUCGUCGAAAGCGGGAGUAGCAACCACAGAGCAAUCGACUACGACAAACACACCUGCCGGCAUCAAGAGACGCGGUCGUCCAAAAAAGAAUGCUUUCAAUAAUGCUACGGCAGCUGCAACUGUGACAACACCCGUAGCUACCGCCAUGUCAAAUGACACACCCAGUAUUGGUGCUGUCGAUACUCCGGCCACCGAUGGCGUGUCGAAGUCUCGCCGUGUGGAACUGUUACGCAAACGUCUCGCUAUCGAUAUGGUGGACGCCGAGCAGCCAACAGAGGAACAAAAAAGCAUAGAUGGUGCUAUGGAUACUGAAACGUCGAAGCGAGAGCGUGCAGUGCGCACAGGAGCAAGAACUUCUCGGCGUUCCAUUUUACCAGGUGGCGCUAUUACCUCAGCAUCGAAGAUCAAGUCAAACGGUAACAAUGGCGAGGUACCUAUAAAGGGUCGUAAGCGUUCGGUGAACGCCUUGAUGGGCGGCAGCGCUGCUAUUAGUUCAACACUACCAGCAAACACCACAAUCACCAAUUCAGUGUCUGACAGCAUUAUGUCCGUCCUUAAUCACUACGGUGGUUCUAAUUCCAGCAUCUCUUCUGCCUACUCCAGCAGCUCUAUGAGCUCUGCCACUGUGACAACAGCUGCUGGCGCCCCAGUGAACGUCGGCGUGCCUACUUCCAUUUCGUUGGCGACACAAAUUGACUUGACCAUGUGUUCAUCCUCGUCGUCAGCCAGUAAUGGCAGCACAACCGCCACUAUGACAAUAGCUGGCGGCAGCAUUGUCGCUAGCAGCGGAACAAUAAGUGUCGCAGUACAAAAUCAAAGCAGCAGUUCAAUGCUGCCACCUGCAACCAUACUCUCCUCGUCGGAUCCCGUGCCGGAUGUGGUCUUCAGACCAAACGAUUUCUCUUCGCUUAUGGCAACUCAACAGCUGCGGGCAGCGCAGUGUAACACUAGCUUGGAAACGGAUCUGUUGCGUAUGCAGACAACACUGGACGGCACCAAAUUCGAUAUACGCGACGAUGACUCUACUAGUCAAGGCGGCGGCACGUACGGCAGCGGUGCGGAUAUAUCUGGAGAAGACUCUAAUACGAGUUCAAUUUCCACACCCGUUAGUGGUCGCGGUCGAGGUGGACGUGGUCGAGGACGUGGCUCUGGACGAGGUAGCGGUCGCGGCAGUCGCGCUCAUCGCUUGGGCCGUGGCGCCAGUGCCGUUGCCAAACAAAUUGCGCUCAGUCGACCACGCUGUGUCGGCGGCCUAAAGCAUACGCCCGAUCCAGAGCGAAUGAAAGGCCUCUAUAGUCCGUCCCCUCAAGUAUUUGAAGAGGAUACCCGUAUGAGCGCUGAUUUAAGUCAGAUUCAAAUGCCGCUGCAAUCGGAACCAGCAACGCCUAUAAGGCAACCUGAUUUUCUUAAUAAUGACGAGUCUCAGUCCUCCGUGGUUAGUACGAGCAGCAUUUUGGAUCCCAACACUGUGGCCGCUGUGCAAAAUGGCAGCGCUAUUAAACGUCCAAAGAAGAAGAAAAUGGAAGUUUGCGUCGCUGAAGACGCUGAAAUUACAGUUGCAGCUAUCGCUGAGUAUGACUGGCCGCCGCCAAAGGGCUGCUGUCCAUCGAAAAAUCGCGACACUUUUAUGAUUCAAGAGCAGGUCGCCUUGUAUUUGGGCAUUAAAAGCUUCAAGCGAAAAUAUCCUGAUCUGCCGCGCCGCCAAAUCGACAUGGAGGAGCGCAAUUGGCUGCAGGAGAAGGGUCUCGUGUCGGAGCGUAUGUGCGACUUGGGCAUCACAGCCGUUUGGGCAUCCGACAUACUCGACAUUAUGUAUACCGACUUCUAUGAGAAAUACGAGGAGUACAAGGAUUUCAUUAGGCAAAAGCAUUUGCGCGAAAUCGAGGCAAAACAGAAAGCACUAGGUCUCAACGUGACUGGCCGUGGACUGCAAGCGCGCGAACGUGCAUUGCUUUCGGCCAGUAAAUGGAAUUCCUACUUCAAUAGAAGCCGCAAGGAGGAACGUUUAGCAUGUCUGGACUUGCAGACGUUAACGGUGAAUGUGCCAUUGCCUGCAACAGCGCCCACUACAACAAUGGUGAACCGCUCAAUUGCCGAGGCAGUGACAGAGGCCGCUAAAACCGAGAACAUACCUGAGCCACCAACACUGUUGCGACCGCGCAAUACUACACCGCCACGCGACGUGGACGCCAGCUACCCAGUAGCUUUAGUGCCCGGUCAGUAUAGCGCGAAAUACCGCCAGUACACGCCAUUAGAGUUGAGUUGCUUCCCGCUUAAUACGGUGCUGCAGAACCCACGUUUGCUGGUUGAACGUACGUCACAACACACACAAAAGCAAACGGCGCCUCCAGUGUCAGAUGACAAGAAGUUAGCAGACCAGCUCAAUGUCGCAGAUGAAAAACCUUGCACCCAAUCAGCGGACACAAAAGCCACAAUCGACAAUUGCACCGAGGAGAACCCAACGACAGGCAACACUGUGCGUCUCAGCGUGCGCUCACGUUCUGCCACUAAAGCUAAUUGUGACGACAUCGAUGCAGCAGAAGAAGUCGAUAGUGCAACAGACUCGGCUAUGUCCACUUCGGGCAGUGAAAGUGAAAGCGAAUCGGACUCGGAUAGCGACUCCGAUAGCUGCAACGAUGAUUCCGGCUCGUCAUCGGAAGAUGAGUGUGCUCCUCCCACCACGUGCGGCGUGUGCCAGCGUGCACAGCAACGCAAUAUGAGAAACCUGCCCGAGGUCUUCAUAGGUUGCUAUACAUGCCGACGCAAAGUCCACCCGAGCUGCAUUGAGAUGCCUUACCGCAUGGUGGCGCGCGUGCGCAACUACAAUUGGCAAUGCGCCGACUGCAAAUGCUGCAUCAAAUGCAAAGGUAACAAGGAUCAGAAUAAAAUGCUGUACUGUGAGCAAUGUGAUCGCGGCUUCCACAUUUACUGCUUGGGUAUCAAAGCCGUGCCAGAUGUUCGUUGGAGUUGUGAUCGUUGUAGCUUUUGUAUGCGUUGUGGCGCCACAAAACCCGAGGGCUUGCCACAGCAACCAAACAUGAUUUCGCCGAAUGGCGAGAAAGUCAAACAGAUCAAACACAAAAAAGUGAAAUGGAUUAAUGAGUAUCGCAUAGAUCACAUUACGAAAUUGCGCGAGCACUGUUCCAUGCUGUGUGUGCCAUGUGGACGCGCCAAGAACGUGAAACGCGUACAGAUAGCCAGUCCAUGCGUCAGCAGCGUAACAACAAGCGCAAGCAGUGUUAUGCCACAAUCAGCAUCGCCGCCAAUCGCCACACCACAAAAGGAGCUGGCUAAAAUCCCGCCACAAACACCAGCAACCCCUGCUGGGAGUGCAACAGCAAUUGGCAACGCGGCUACGGAAGUUGCGCCCUCGAAUGCGAGCAGCGCAGGCGGCAAGGGUGCCGCUAACCAGCCGACAGCGAAUAAGACGAACGCAGCCGGUACGCUGCCGCCACCACCGCCCGUUGUUGCCUGAGUGGGGGUGAUACGUUACUGCCCCAAGCGUAGUAGCCUGAACGACAGCGAUAUGUAGUAGCAAUAAAGUGCGACCGUGAAGGCGGUAUUAUGAGCGACAUCGGUGUGCAUAGCUGCUGUCACUAAACCAGCAACAGUCCAGAGAAACACUCGCAAGUUGAAAGCAGUUAUUAACAUUUGGAAUAUGAUUCAAGGAAGAGAAAUGUUUUAGCAAGUGUAAAGCAUAUAAUUGAAGAAUUGAUGACAAACUUAACGCCUUUUCAUAAACAUAACACUUAUUUUAGCAUUUAAGAACAACAAAAUUUAAUUCAUACUUUUUUAAUUAAGUUAAAUGUCUAGUUUCGUUUAAUAUCUAACUAUAAGCUAAAUUUAUGAUAAAAAAAAAAACAGCUCGAUUCUCCUAUGCUACAACGUCAGGCUUAAAGUGUUAAUUUAUCAAAUGUAUUAUAGUGCAAACAGAAAUUAAUGAACAUAGGACGUAGAAGGCAAAUGUUUACGUACAUUUCAGUAAGAAACUAUUUCAACAAAUUAACUAAGGAGUAAUCGAUUUGCUGCAUGCAAACACAAUCAUGUAUGUAAUAUGUCAAAUAAUGCACAUAAGAGUUGAUUUAAGUCCUAAGUAAGCUGAAAACAACACAAAACAAAAAUUCAACAGAAUAACAAAAUAAAAUAAAAUUUAUUAAAUAUCAAACUAAACUAUAUAAGGCGUGAAAUUCACUUUGUAUACAACACUAAUAACUGUUUAAUAAUGAAAAAUGUGUAUUUAAAUAUAUGCGAGUAUAGUUUUUAAAUGAAAGUCAGAAGUAAGACGUUGAGAAUCGUUUUCAAAGUGGCGGAGUGGCAAAUAGUAUUCAUGCGGGUUUAGCUGCUUAAGUCUACUCAAGUUUAUUGAGUAGUGACAUGUGUAAAAAAAAACGUAAAUUUAGCAUAUCUCACAGCACUCUAUUUGUAUUUGUGUUCCUCAUCUAUUAUUUUGCAUAAUUGAGUUUUUUUCUUGUAAAUAUUAGCCGAACAUUUUUUUCUUACAAGCAAUGCUUUAAGUGUUCCCAAUUUCACGUAUGAAGUGUUAAUUAAACAAUCCAUUCAUCCAUACUAAUAUUUCGAUGUGUGCGAAUUUCUCCAAUUUUAUUGUUACGUUAGCCAACCGCGCUCCGCCGCCGAGGAUUAUAUAUGUGUGUUUUUAAUCUACGUACAAUUUAUUUUAUAUUUGUAAGUUGUAGUUAAUAACAUCCUACAAAAAAUGCGUGCAAACAUUAUACAUAGUUGAUUCCUUCAGGAGUCGCGUAAACUUAUUCUUUAUUAUUUAGAAAUUAGUUUUAAAUAUAAAUUAAGCAGUAAAAGGAGAAAACGAAUAUUAAAACAGUUUAAAAAAAGUAGAUUAAACAAAUAACGGCACUGCGCGCCGUUCAGCAUCGGAGUGUGUUGUGCGUUGACAUGCCUGGCAGGUUCAUUAACUGUAAUAAAGUAAUUAAUUUACCCAAAAUAAAUGCUAUGAAGAAACUAUAUUAAUGAUAAUGACGAUGAAUAUAUUAAAAAAAUAAAAUAUGCAGUUAUUUUUAUACAAUAAUUUAUUUUGCCAAAAAAGUGAAAUUGGAAUUGGUAUUAAGAAUUUUUAACAGUAACACUAUUUGCUGUAACUACUGUACGUAUUUGUUUCCUUUUGUUCACUGUAUCCUUUGUAUUUGUGUGUGUCUAUAACUUUUACAAUUAAAAAAAUCGCAUCAGUUUUAUUUAAAA